UCUUGAUUCUGCAAUUCAGGAGCCAAAACCGCCCUCUCUGCUUCCCCCCGCCCGGAAAAGAUUCAUCCACUCUCUUUCUCGGCCCUGAAAAAUCCUCUGUUUCCGUCGAUUUAUCUGGGGAAAUCCCCUCCUUAUCCACCUUUCAGUUCGGCCUCAGAAGCAUCCACCAGCUCUCCGCGCUUUGCCUCAUUUCCGGUGAACUACGACGGUUCCCUUUCAUUGCUUAAGUUUCAGAUUCGAUCUCCGGCAGCCUUCCCACUUCUGGCUCCUCUCCAAGCUUCGGAUUCAGAUCCUUCCAGCAUCUCCUGCAACUUCUGAUUUGCCAUUCUUUCUUAGGGAGAUCUUUAAGAAGCCAUGGGAAAGUAUUUUCCAAACGAUUUACUAAGAUGUAUGCUUCAGUACUUACCCAUCAAGAGUCUCCUUCGAUUCAAGAGCGUCUCAAAAUCAUGGUGUUCUUGGAUGGAUGAUCCCUAUCUUCUGAGAUCUCGUUUUCCAGAAUCGAACUUCCUAGGAAUACAGAAGCCUCCUGUUGGUCUGAAUCAGAUGUUGAUGAUAAGCCUAGACUCAUCUGAAGAUCAUUGCAGUGUGGAGAAGCUGGAUCUACCUUUGGAAAAUCACCCAAUUACCCAUUUAGGCGGUUCAUGUAAUGGCUUGAGUUGUUUGGUGGACCGCGCUGACAAUAUCAUCGUGUGUAACAUACCCACCAAAGAUUACCAUAUUGUGAAGUUACCGAGACAGCCUGAUCAAAGAGAAUACAAACUGAUGAUCUCAUUAUAUGGAUUUGGGUGUGACUCCAUCAAUGAUGAUUACAAAGUGUUAAGGAUCAAUUCUUUAUAUUGCGAAUGUGAAUCCCACCAUGAAACUCAAGUAUAUAGCUUGAGAAAGGAUUCCUGGGAUGGUCCUCGAGGUCAAGGCAGCUACCCUUCUUUCCUUCAAGGAUUACGUAUUGAUGCACGCGUACCUAUUGGCUCUAAAGGGUCUAAUGGGGUGCUUGCCUAUGGUGCUCUCCACUGGAUUGCAUUUGUUACAUACACUCAACCCUUUGCAAUUGCUUUCAAUCUCUCCACGGAGGAAUUUAGCAAGAUUGUGUUGCCGAAUAAUCUAAGUUACGGCCCUGUUUUGGGUCUACUAAGAGGCUGCUUAACGGUGACAUGUCAUAAUGAACUCAGAUGUUCUGAUUUUGACUUAUGGGUGAUGAAGGAUUAUAUGGUGAGUGAAUCUUGGUCGAAACUGUUUCAUAUCUCCUUUGAUGGAUGGAUUGAGCAUCUGAGUCCUCUAGCUUAUUCAAGGAGUGGGAAAAAAAUUCUGUUUGAAUCUUCUACUAAGCAUCAUCUUUGGUACAAUAUAGGAAAUAAACAAAUGGAAAUUCUGGGUAGUUGCAAUGGAGUUUUUGUGGCAGUUCCAUAUUUUGAGAGUCUCAUCUCUGUUAGAGCUUACAAAGGGACAGGGAUAAUUAGGCAAGAGUAGAAGAGGUGUGAUAAAUAAUAUGAAUGAAUAUCAAUUUCUGUGUUCUUUUCUCCUUUUUCUGGUAAAUUUUUAGCUAUGGAUUCUUUGCUAUACUGCAUGCUAUAAUGCUAUAAUUGCA